UUAGGAAGGAUAGAGAAAAUAAUAAUAAGAGGAGUUGGGCGGGAUGGUUUCUGUUGCACCACAUAACUGACUGCCUUCCAAUUACAGAAGAGAGCUUAUGUUACAGAAAAGCUAUUUAACCAAUCGGGAGGCAGCGUAGGGUAAAGAUACCAGAAAAAAAGCGAGUGGGAGAGUGGGCAAACAGGGUGAAAAAAAGGAAAAAAAAACUGCAGUGUGUGAGUGUGUGUAGUUUUCAUCCCUCCCCUUUUAGCAAAUCUUUAUCAAAUUGUGGUACUUCAACCUUGGGGUGCAUUUCAGUGGUUGAGAGGGUUUAUUUGGUGAUGUUCUUAGAGUAAAGGUGUGUUUUCUGGGCUCUAUUAGAUGCAUUUGGUCUGGAACUGGAAGUAAGAGAAAGUAAGAGGAGACUCAUUCUUUUUCUCUCUAUCUCAAAGUGUCUUGGAGUCUGCGUAAAAAGGAACAGCUCAUUGCCAGGUGGAGCAUCCUGCACAGAAGGACUUUGGACUGAAAGUACUCUCACUGUGAACUUCCAGCAAAGACCACAGAUUUUUGCUGGGCUGAUCGUGCAGCUUUAGUGAUGAAGUUUAACUUGUUCAAGCAACAAACGACGCCCAUGGUCGCAGCCAAACCAACGGGGGCCAGUGACUUGACUGUUACUCCAGCCCCCGUAGCGUUAGUCUCUGCUGAGAACUCCACGGAGCCAGUCAACAAGAACGAUGCCUUUGAUGAGAUCAAAAACAAGUUCCUGAAUGAAAUCGACAAGAUCCCACUGCCAUCCUGGGCCAUCAUUGCCAUUGCCGUGGUCGCUGCUUUACUGAUUCUAACGUGUUGCUUCUGCAUCAUCAAGAAAUGCUGUUGCAAGAAGAAGAAAAACAAGAAGGGCAAGAAAGGAAAGGGUGACAUGGGAAUGAAGAACUUGAAAGGAGGCGAGGAUGAUGAUGAUGAGGAAGACGAUAUUGAGCCAGGCCUAACAGGAGAUGAGAAAGAGGAGGAGGUGAAGGAGAAGGAAAAGCUUGGGAAACUGCAGUACUCCAUUGAUUAUGAUUUCCAGGAAAACAAGCUUACAGUAGGAAUUCUACAAGCAGCUGACCUCAUCUCCAUGGACAGUGGAGGCACUUCAGACCCUUACGUCAGGGUCUUCGUCUUACCUGACAAGAAGAAGAAGUUUGACACAAAAGUACAUAAGAAAACCCUCAACCCAGUCUUCAAUGAGACGUUCACUUUUAAGAUACCGUUCACUGAAAUGGGAGGGAAGACCCUGGUGAUGGCUGUCUAUGACUUUGACCGCUUCUCAAAACAUGACAUCAUUGGAGAGAUUAAGAUACCCAUGAACACUCUGGACCUUGCAAAACCAAUCGAAGAGUGGAGAGACCUGGACAGUGCUGAUCAAGAAGAGCCAGAGAAGCUUGGUGAUAUUUGCAUCUCUUUACGUUAUGUCCCAACUGCCGGCAAACUCACCAUCUGCAUCCUGGAGGCUAAAAAUCUAAAGAAAAUGGAUGUUGGGGGACUAUCAGAUCCCUAUGUAAAAAUUAACCUUCUUCAAAAUGGAAAGAGGCUGAAGAAGAAGAAGACGACAGUGAAGAAAAAUACCUUGAAUCCAUAUUACAAUGAGUCCUUCAGCUUUGAGAUUCCUCUUGAGCAAAUGCAGAAAAUUCAAGCCGUCAUCACAGUGCUGGAUUAUGACAAGAUUGGCAAGAAUGACGCCAUUGGGAAGAUCUGGGUGGGAAGCAAGGCCACAGGGGCCGGGCUGAAACACUGGUCCGACAUGCUGGCCAAUCCCCGUCGCCCGAUUGCUCAGUGGCAUCCGUUGCAGCCAGAGGAAGAGGUGGAUGCCUCCUUAGCAGCGCUGAAUGCCAAGAAGUAAAUUAAAAAAAAAAAAAACUCCCACCACCUGCCCCCACACCUUCCUACCUGUGCAUUUCCCAUCGUUUCAUCUACAUCCCACAUAUUAAUGUAUGUUUCCGAAUGACAACCAAUCUACUCCCUUCAGCACAUUUCUGUCCCACAGCCAUCAUCUUAAAAGAUCCAAAACACAUUUGACAUGAUGGGAAAUCUAGUUUAAAAAAUUGUAUUCUAAUAACUCAUGUCACUAAGAAAAGAAGACAAGUCGCAGGAUGGACAGAUACUCAGUUAUGUUUGUUUUAGAUCUAUUUUUAUAUUGGACUUAUGGUUCCAUUAUUAAGCUUACAGAGUAGACUAUAGUAAGAGUGUUAUAUGGGUAUUUGGUGAUUUAGAGGGAUAACAUAUUGAUUCAUACUAUACUUCUCACCUGUUUUCCCUUUAGUGACACAGUUUGCUUAGAAUAGUGCUUAACAAUAUAAUGCUUUAUACUGCCAUAUGAUAGAGAAACAACACAAGCAGGUCCAUUCCGUAGGUGUUUUUUGCACCAUGUCCCACACCUGCCAGUUAUCUUCUUAGAUGAUUCUGUUAGUUGGAAGUACAUUCCUAGAUUUGGGUGGCAAAGUAGGGAUUAAGUCCAGUUACCCAAAAGCACUGCCUUUUCAGAUUAUUUAACCUUCCACUCAUCUUCUCAAGACAACUGAGAGGAAAACUUCAUGCCUUUCUUUUCUAAACGGGUUCUCUUCUUAUAAGUUACACAAUGUGAUGAGAGAAAAAAAAAUCUAUUUCUUAAGAGUUCUAGUGACCUUAGGCUUAUGACUGAUGUUAGUUCUACUACAAAUCAUUGAGUUGAAUAGUGAGUAUGACAGAUAAUUUGCAAAAGAAAAGAAACAAAACAAGUGUGCUUGUGUAUUUUACAUUGUAUUUUAAAAAAAGCACCGUCUGUCAUCCACACUACAAAAAAGUUUGGAAACACCAGAGUGGCUAUUAAAAGAGAGACAAAUCCCAACCACCGCUGACAUAUUAAAAAGGUGUCGAUUACUGCCUACAGCCCUUGACUUCCCCAUCCCAACACCUCUGAUUCUGUAUCUCACUUGUUCAGUGUUACUGCCAUUAGUCAUGGACUUGACACAAGGGUUUUUACUUCAAAGGAAUCCCUAUAACCGUCUUACAGUCAUAAAGGAGACAAGCCUUCCAAGUAACAAAAUAAGCAAUUUUCAACUACCAGGGACGCCUUCCAGUUAAAGGUGUUGUUCUCUUUAUUUUUAUUUGGAUUAUUCUAUUAUUUCUUCUACUUAAUGAUUUAGUUCAACUUCAAACACUUGUAUUCCUUGAGCACUUUAAUUCCUAACUUUUUUGUGUAUAUAUGCUCAAAAGUCAGAGCUUUAACAGUUUAGGGAUGUUCAUUUUGUUGCUUUUGCUUCUGCUUACUUUGGUCUCAGUGUGUAUGUGUGUGUUUACAUUGUUUGGUUUAUGAUCAUUUCACAUGAUUGCAAAAAGUCUGGUCUGGGAAAAAAAAUGCACAGAUCCAUGUGUAUUUUAUGCACAGCUUACCAAACUAUUGAUUAUAAAUUGCACUAGUAAGUAUUGAUAUGUCUGACACUGUUCUUUAAAGUGUGUUUUUCCUUUUCCUGAGUGAUCAAAUGUAAUGAAAUGUAUUCUUUCUGUGGCACAUACUUACAGCUCGCCUCUUAUAAAUGAAAGGAAAAAGAAACACAUUUGAGUUCAGUGCUGCUUCACAGAAUGAACUAGUGCAGUAUAGAGAGCCAAAGCCUGCGCCAGGUUACCUCAAAUGUAGUUCUUACUAAUUUCAAAAGCAUUAUUCAUAACAACCUCUCUCAAAAAAGUGAGUUCAGUUUUCUAUAUCUUAUUUUGAGCUUUAGCAUCCACAAACACAAACACAAAAACCCCAACAAAUUAAUUCAAUCUUUCAAUCUUUUAUUCAAUCAGGAAUUUUAUUUAGAUUUUCCAGUACCAUAAAAGAACAUUAGCAUUUAAUAAUAUAACUUUUUAUUUUUUUGCGUACCCAGAUUUUUUACAUCUUUUGUCAUUUGAACUCUGUCAGAUUUCAUAUCCUCAAUUUUCCAGAGCUUCAAGUACUGUGUGCCAAGAAUUCGUUUCUGAGAGAUAUUCAUAGGCCCUGUGACAAGCAUUAAAACGUAUAGGACUUUAGUAUCAGCUUUACUACAAUAUCUGUAGAUUUUUUUGUCAUACUUAGCACUUUAGCCUACAAAAAUAUAGAGAUGGUGGCUUUGUUUUACAGAAAAUACCUAUAAGCUGUGGCUGAAUAACAAAAAGUAAGUUGUUUUCUGCAGAAAAUUUUACUCUUGUUGGAGUAUUUGCCAGAACAGUGAAGCACCAAUACAGACAGAAACGCCAGUGAUUCAUGAUUUCCUUUUAUUUGGACAGAUAAGAAUAAGUAUUGGACAGAUAACUAUACUUUAAAGGUGCAACACUCAUUUUAUCCUUUGUUUUUUUAAAUUAUGAUAUUUUUUUUUUAUCUUUAAGAGUUUUGUACAAUAGAAACACUUUAAGAUGUUAACCAGAUGCUCUGCAUUGUGUUUUUUGUUAGGUUGUUGGCCUGUAGCAGUAAGCAGAGUGACACAAUGGUAGUUGUUGACAAGUUUAUAUGGGAGUGUACCAUCAACAGCCUUGAAGAUUAUACACAGUUGGCUUUUAAAACAAAUCCUACUGUUAUGGCAAUUAUACAUGAAAGGUUUAAACAAUAGUUAUUUUUUACGGGCAGAAAACAAAUAAGUAUUUCAGUGUAGCUACCUGUAUUAUAUUAUACUACCCUAAUCAUGAUACUAUAUGCAAUGCUCCUUUGAGGUACCCUCUGCACAGGAUCUUAUUAACAAAUACUUUUUUACUGAUUGUUUGAAGUUACAAAUGAAAUUGAGAUCCUUUGGCUCUUUAUAUUCGCACAUUGAAAUUCUGAGACAAGUUUUUUAGGGUAAUUGUCGGUUUGCAACAGUUACUGCUCUAUUAAAGCCAAUCACCCCUCAAUAAACUUUUUAGCCAAUCAAAGGCCUAAUAGGUUUUGGUGAGCGUUAUGCUUUCUCACCAGGAAACAUCCAGUUAGCUGUGUGCAAUUUAUAGCAAAUGCAGUUAAAGUUUUUGAUGUUGCAUCUUUUUGCUGAAAUUGUUUUUCUUUUCUUUCUUAUGUAAGUCUUUUUUUAAAAACAAGACCAAAUUUCUGUUUGUCAUCUUGCACAAAUCCUUCUUUUUGAAGCAACACUAAAGAAAAAGGCAACAUGGAAGCAAUCAAGCAACUCAUUGAUGUGUAGUUUUGCCUAUAUACAUAGCUCAUACACAUUGAUACUGCAUGUUUAUAAGAACUACUGUACAUAAGAGCAUGUUUUAGAGACAAAGCAAAAAUAUCUUGUGUACGUUAAAUGGGUGUCAUUUGCCAUUUUAAUAACACAGCAAACUGAAAAAAGAUGCACUGUAUAUUUUCUAAAUAGAACAAAGUGUGUAUUUAUUUUCCACGAGGGUCAUUGGAGAGAAUGUCAUGCAGAUAUUAGAGUACUAUUACAAAUAGGAAUCUUUCCACGCCUGAAAACUUUUAAGCAAGUGUGUCGUCCAGUGCUGUGCGUGAGUUCAUGUAGGAAGAAAAAUGUAGCCGCAUGCUUGUUACGUAAAACCCUGUGCUCAGAGGUUUUUGUUUGGUGCAAUUUUUUUUGCCAUUUAUUUUAUUAUUGUACCUUUUGAAAUAUUAGCAUUAAGUUCAUUUUUUUAUUAUACUACAGUUUAUAUUUUUUAUUCAAGAAAAUAUGUUCUAUGUAUGUUUUUAUUUGAAGCAGAGGGUCUCCAAGUCUGCUGGAAGAUUUCUUUCCUUUUUUUUUUUCUUGUAACAAAGAUUUAAAUCGAUGUUACUCAGAAAAUGCUCAUUUCAAUAAAUAAAUAAAAUUAUUCUAGGAGUUAUUUAUGCCAGCACUAACCAAAGCGGAAGUCUUUGAACCAUAAUCAAUUUUAGGCUGCAUUUUCAGGGCUAAACUGUGAAUGAGCCCUAAACACUGAUCACAAAUCACUUGGAGACCUCUCUUUUUUCUUUGUUAUUGUUGCUAUACAUUUUAAUUAGAAUAUUAUUUUUCUCUUUCUGUUUAACCAACCUGAUACCUGUUACAGAUUGUGUCUCUUUUACUCUGUUAAUAUACAGUAGGUGUACUUGUGAACAAAAUAAAUUAAUAAGAUAAAAACUAAAAGCCAUAAAACUGAAGCACUAACUCUUUAGAGCCUAGCUGAAUAGCUAGAGUUUAUUUAUGAGGGAAGAAGAAUCUGACGUCUUCAUUUUUUCAUAAUUGACGUUCCUUCUUACAGCAUUCCACUGUAUAUGUGAGCGUGGAGAACAGCUGCAAGAUUAAGAGAUUGAGUACGUCUUUUGGUUUUUUUUUUACUUUUAGAGUGGCUGAUGUGAUAUUUUCUUUGCUUAUCUUACAGGAUUGUGUUUGUCAAUAUUUUAUUUGCAAAAAUAAAUAUUAAAAUAUAUUACUGUAUUAGGUUUUUGGUAAUAUAGCUAAAACUAUAUUUAUGGGAGUCUGUGAUAUAUAAAGCUGAGUGAAAAUAUUAAGGAACCUGAGUCAGAGUUCUAGUUCCCUUUCCUCCUGUUUUGGAGAAUGUACCUACUCAUAAGAAUCAAAUAUCAAUAAUAAAACACACUCUAACAUUCUUUAGACACUUAUUACAGCUUCUU